CUUAUGUGUUAUGUAUUAUGUGUUAUGCAAAAGCCUGUGGCUCUUGCCCUUUCUCUGUGGUCACACGUGCAUGCGAAAAGAGCGCGAAAUUGAAACGUAUGCGAAGAUCUAUUAAAUAUUCAUCUUAUAUAAGUCUGAGGGCCGGUAGUUCCAACUUCUUAUCUCUCGUCAUUCCUGAGAAGUUCCAGCACAUUCUUCGUGUCAUGGGCACGAAUAUUGAUGGUAAUAGAAAAGUUAUGUUUGCUAUGACUGCAAUUAAGGGUGUUGGUCGACGUUACGCCAACAUUGUCUUGAAGAAAGCAGAUAUUGAUCUGGAUAAACGAGCUGGAGAAUGCUCGGAAGAAGAGGUUGAGAAGAUUGUGACAAUAAUGGCUAAUCCCAGGCAGUAUAAAAUUCCCGACUGGUUCUUGAACAGACAGAAGGACAUUGUCGAUGGGAAAUAUUCGCAGCUCACGAGUGCCAAUCUGGACUCCAAACUGCGUGAAGAUCUGGAGAGGAUGAAGAAGAUCCGUGCUCACAGAGGCUUGCGUCACUACUGGGGUCUCCGCGUACGUGGGCAACAUACAAAGACCACUGGUCGUCGCGGACGCACGGUCGGUGUGUCGAAGAAAAAAUAAUUUUGUAUAUUGUAUAAGUAACAUUAUACAUUAAUUUAUAUAUUAUAAACAUCAGUAUAAUAUUACCUUCAGCUGUAUUAUACUGAUUAAACAAUAAAAUUUCAAAAACUUCAA